AUGGCUUCUGAUCUUCCAGUCAUUGAUCUCUCUCUCCUUCCCUCCACUUUUGCAGAGAAACAAAAUCUCUCUGAUCUGGAAGGAAAUAAUGAGCUGAAAAAACUCAGAGAGGCUUGCCAAGAGCUGGGUUUCUUCCAUGUAGUAAACCAUGGAGUGGACAAAGCUCUUAUUGAGAAGAUGGACUGUGCAUCUAGAGAUAUGUUCUCCCUGCCAGAGGAGGUGAAAAAAAGAGCUAUUUUUCCCAUUCCUAGUGCAGGUUAUUCUCCACCCACUUUAGGAGCUGAUGGAAAGGAUUCAAUGCCUGAGAGCAUGCAUUUCCCUGGUCAAAGUGUUCUACCCAAUUCACUUGAUCAGAUCUGCACCAAGCUAUGGCCUCAUGGAAACCACCAAUUCCGAGAGAUUGCUCAUACAUAUAACUCUCACAUGAUGAGUCUUUCUCAGAGGAUCAUACAACUCAUUAUGUUUGGUUUGGGGUUGGAUGUGUCUAAGUAUUAUAAAUCGGAUCUUUUUUCAAGUUUUAUCGAUGGAUAUGUACGUAUGAACUACUAUCUUAAUAGAAAGGAUGAAAAAGAGUCUCAAAAUGGUUAUAAAACCUCUAUGGCUCAUACAGACAUUGGCAUUCUUACAAUUUUAUAUCAAGAUGAUAUUGGGGGUCUACAAAUCCGAACAAAAGAAGGCAGUUGGAUUAAUGUUAAGCCUAUGAAGAAAUCAUUUGUUGUUAACCUUGGAGAUUGUUUACAGAUGUGGAGUAAUUGUAGGUAUCGUAGUGCAGAACAUCGUGUGGUGUAUGGAGGAUUGAAACAAAAGCAGGAUCGACUGUCCGUAGCCUUCUUUUAUAUCUUUGAGGAGAAGGCCGAAAUUAAGGCUCCUGAAGAGCUUAUAAAUGAAGAGAAUCCAAAAAAGUAUAAUGUUGCAAAGUUUGGUGAUAUCAUUGAACGAUAUGUCCAAUUAGGCCCAAAGUUGGGUGGAUCUAAUUACUUCUUAAUAUAA